AUGAAGCUACCAAGAGUGAGUGAUCCGGGGCUUUGGAGGCUGAAUAUUGGGAUUGCCCUGGUUUUGUCAGCUUCAGCAACCGCGGGGUAUAAUGCGAGUCAGAUCAACAGUCUGCUGGUUCUGCCGGAGUUCAAGCUCUUUCUGUCCGGCCUCAGUUCCAGUGCUGAGGGGAUUAUCAUCGCAUCCUUUUCUCUUGGGGCCUUCCUGGCUUUCAUUCCAGCGUCAUAUGCUGCCGAUAUCCUGGGGCGGAAGAAGAGCAUUACAAUUGGGGCAGGCUUAGUUAUUGUUUCUGCGAUUGUGCAGGCCACCGUCCAACAGGUAUGGGUAUUCUUUGCGGCUCGCGUCGUGACGGGCAUUGGGGUUGGCUUUUCGCAAACAGCUGCUCCCCUGCUCAUCGCUGAAACAGCACAUCCCAGACACCGUCGAGUCCUCACCGGCUUGUAUAACUCGCUUUGGUUCUGCGGAUCUAUCUCCGCGGCGGGCUUGUCCCUGCUGACACUUCCGCUUGCGAGCAGCUGGUCAUGGAGACUACCCUGUCUUCUGCAGAUGCUCUAUCCGAUCUCGAUCCUUCUGGGCUUGCUCGUCAUGCCCGAGAGUCCUCGGUGGCUGGUGUCUAGGGGACGCACAGGGGAGGCCCGCAGUGUUCUUACUCGGUACCAUGCCGAUGGCAACCUGAACGAUCCUGCCGUACAGGAAGAGUUUGAGCAGAUCUCUAGUAGCAUCAACGUUGAAACAGAUCUCAAAGGCAAUUCAGGCUGGCGCACUUUCCUUCAAUCUAAAGGCGAUGCUCAUCGCCUUUUGAUUUGCAUUCUGCUGGGCUUUAUGCAAGAAUGGACUGGAAACGGCGUCACGUCGUACUAUUUGCCACCAAUUCUCUCCUCUGUUGGCAUCCACGAUUCUCGGCACCAAGGCAUUGUGAACAGCUGUCUUCAGUUCUGGAAUCUGGGUUUCGCUGUCACAGGCGCGAAGAUGUCCGACCGAUAUGGACGGCGUAUCCUGUGGCUCAGCGCAACAACACUGAUGUUUAUAUUCCUCUCAGCAGCUACGACGAUGGCAGGUAUAUUCUCCGAGCUCGAUAUCUACGAAACUGGGAUUGCCGUUGUCCCGAUGCUCUUCCUUUUCUGCGCUGCUUACGAUUUUGCAUAUAUGCCUUUGUUCAUUGCGUACCCGGCUGAGAUUCUGCCUUUUCAGCUCCGCGCUAAAGGUCUCGCUAUUACACUUACGACUGAUUCAUUAGCUUGUUUCUUCAAUCAAUAUGUCAAUCCCGUGGCUUUCGAUGCGCUCCAGUGGCGAUACUUCCUGGUCUAUGUGGCAUGCCUUGUCUUCUUUCUCGGGGUGGUAUACUUCCUGUUCCCCGAGACCCAGGGGAAGUCCCUGGAGGAAGUGGCACGCAUAUUCGAUCGGCCGGAGCCCAAAACCCUGCCGAGUUCCUCUGAGGGACUAAGCCCUGCUGAGACGGUGGAGUGCAAGGAAGCCCGUAUCACGACCAAUUCGGCGGCAUAA